AUGGCGUUGGAACCGAAUUUGAUUCUGGUUGGGAAUAAUGUUUCGAAGCACGCGCUGGAUUUGUUCCUUCGCCUCGAUGUCUCGGUCGCGGUGAACUGCGACGCGGAGAUGAUGAAGCAGAUUUCGCGAAUGACGGGAGCGAAGAUUGUUAAACAUUUGGAUGACGUGGCUCUUCUCGAUCCGAGCGAUGUGAUUGGAAGCUGCGGGCUGUUCAUCGCACGGGAUUUCCGCACACUUAUUCACAGACGCAGACGAACGAGUCUGGUCGAAGUAAUCGCGAAUUGUGGGCGGCAUGGCGCACACGCGCGAAAACAUCAGCGAUCGGUGGUGACUUAUCUGUGUUUUGAGUGUUGCAAUGAAACAAAGGGAUGUGGAGGUGUUGUGGAUGCUCUGUGUGUCUGCGAGGCGAAAACCAAAACACGUUAG